AUGGCCCCGGAUUUCUCUGUUCUGCAGCUUACGACCGAAGAGAGAAUCGCCAUCAUGCGCGAAUUCGAUGAACCUGGGAUGCUCACUACCAUCGGACUCUACCUUGGCGGCACCAAGUACGUGGUGACCGGAGUCAAACCUGGUGAUGUUAUUCGGGCAUAUAAGCGGCCUCAAUAUGUGACCAUCAAGAAGACGGGUGCGGCCUUGGUCAUUGGCAUCUAUGGCAACCUUGCGACUUCCAGAUUGUGCAACGUGAUUGUUGAGAGGGUGGGUGACGACUUAAUCAAGCGGGGCUAUUAG